GAGAGUGAGAGAGAGAGAGAGAAAGAGAGGGAGAGAGGGAGAGAGGGAGAGUGGACGGGCAAGGUAGAAUCUACAGUUUUGUUCUGCAGCAGGGAAAGUUUUCAAAGGUUUUGGAGUUUUUGGUUUGACAGAGGCAUAAUGGUUACCACUGAGCCCCAUCAGAGCCAGGACCUGCUGGUCCCCCCCCAGAACCAGGACCUACAGGAACAGCAGGACCAACAGAACCAGCAGGAGGAGGACCAGGCCUCCCCCUCGUCCCCCCUGGCAGGGUUUGACCCAGAGAAGAUGAGCCAGGGUCCCGUCAAUGCCAUCACGGUCCUCACACUGCUGGACAAACUGGUUAACAUGCUGGACGCGGUGCAGGAAAACCAGCACAAGAUGGAGGUGCACCAGGUGGAGAUGGAGGGUGUGGUCAGAGGGAUCCAGGCUGAUAUGACCAAACUGUCCAAGAGUCACAGUCACACCUCAAACACCGUCAGUAAACUGCUGGAUAAGAGCCGCAAACUCUCCGUCACCAUGAAGGAGGUUCGUGAUAAAAUGGAGCGUCAGGGCGUCCAGGUGAAGAAGCUGGAGGCAAACCACGCCCACCUGAUCAGCAGAAACAACUUCAAAGUCCUCAUCUUCCAGGAGGAGAAUGAGAUCCCCUCCAGUGUUUUUGUGAAAGAUCCUCCACCAUUCCCUCGUGAUGAGAUUUUGGAAGAAGGUGAAGAGUUGGCGCCGGGUGUCGUUGAUGGCAACCGGUCCCAAGAGGGCGGGCUCCACACCAUUGACCUAUCGUCUGACGAGGAUGUCGGUCUGGAGGCAGAGCUAGAGGAAGAGGAGGCAUGGCCUCAGGAUCUGGAGAACAUGGAGAAGUCCAGGGCGGAGAAACUGAAACGAUCCAGUCUGAAGAAGGUUGACAGUCUGAAGAAGGCUUUCUCCAAGCAGAACAUCGAGAAGAAGAUGACCAAGAUUGGAACAAAAAUUGUAUCUGUGGAACAACGAGAGAAGAUCAAACAAAAAACCUCCAGCCUGAAGGUUUCACCUCUGACCUUCAGCAUCCGGAAGCCACGCAGCAGCUCCGACUCUCAGCCCGCUGAGGCCUCCAUUCAGACCAGGGAUUCCGUCACCACCGAGGCCGACAUCCAGGUCUCCCCAGUGGGCAGCACCGACCACGAGGCCCCCUUCACCGAGGUCCAUGCCCAGCUGGCCCCAGCAAAUCAGGAGGAGGAACGGGAGGAUGUGAAAGAGGAGGUGAUAGAGGAGAUGAAGGAGGAGGUGAAGGAAGAAAAGGAGGUGUCAGUUGUAGUGGAGGCGGAUCUGUCAGUGGUUUCAGAGGGAGUCAAUCAGGAGUAUGCUCUGUCCUCCACCCUGCCUCAGGAGGAGAAAGGAGAGGAGAGAGGAGCAGGGGAGGAGAAGGAGGAGGAGUCCUAAACACUCAUUAAUAUUCCGAUAAACUAAAGUUAAUUAACAACUAAUCUGAGCUGUGAUCAGUCAAGAUCUAAACACAGGUUCUGUAUUCUGGUGAAUCAUCUUCUUGUCUUUCUGAGAGUUAGAUGUUCAGAUUGAUAUGAAGCUACAGCCAGCAGCUGAUUAGCUUAGCAUAAAGACUGGAAACAAGGAGAAACAGCUAGCGUAGC